AUGACCACUGCAACGCUACUACACCGGAUUCCCAACACCCUGCUUCAACGAUGUGCCCCUACCGUUUACAGGAAGCGCUCUAGUACUUCCUGGGAUGUUAUCUCGCCUGUGAGGCAAUUACGACGAGGCCCAAGAGUCAAAGUGGUGCUAGCUGCAUACAUUGACCGGCGCACCAUCGAGCCACUCUUCCAGAACCUCUUGAAGCAGUCACUCCUCACUUCUGAGUGUAUCGUUCGACUCAUCUGCGAUCGCCUGCACCAUCGUGGCUCUCGCUUACUACGUGUGUGGGUCAAGCAGAAGCUGCCCGAUCUUUCCUCUUUGCUGCACCGCCUGGUAGACGGAUGUCGCGAACCAGCCUCCAGCCAGCUUCGCCAACGUCGCCACUUUUUGGCCGUUGUUUCCAUUCUCGACUUAGUUCACUGUAGCUCACUUCACUUCCGGCAAAGGCAUCGGGUGGAUUGCCCUUGUAACGCUUUGAAUACCCUCUUGGCGCCGCUGUGGCUGUAUCAACAUUCGAACAAAUUCCUCGUGGACAUCCCGCUUCACACCAAAGCCAAAGUGUCUCGUUUUGCGGCAACAGACCUUUCCCUCUUGUCAUUCCCAGGUUUCACCCCGACAUGCAUCGCGAAACUUGCCAUGCAAGAUAUGCGCCAUUCCUUAACCUCCCAUGGCCCUCCCCCAUCUGCGAUUAUGAGUCUCGUGUUCACAUAUAUGGACCGGUCGAAGGAGUUCUUCGAUACAGUUUAUGCCGAAGAAGACGCUAUUUAUUUGGUCUUUGAAGCCUUUAAGAGGUUGCUCAAGCAUUCACCCCACUGCCCUCAGCCCCUUCGGGAUACGUUUCUUGGAUUUUUGGCCGAUGGCUUCAAUCAGCCGACAACUAGGCUCCGAUCCCUUAUUAUGUUGAUCCGGCACGGUUUAUUCACUACGUGUUCCACUCUGAUGGAUGGUCACCAGCCGGUCCCUCGCCAUCUCCAGCGACUUAUCUUCAAGACCCUCGUACCCAACCUUUGUCGACUUCCUGUGUUGAUCGCUACUCGGAGGGCACUCCGUAAUCUUUGUAGGGAUGACCAAGAGGGCUUUGGUCAAAAUUGGUUGCUCAUGUCUCUCAAGACGCAUGCAGACCGGAAGGCGUCAGUUUGCGGACGGUCAGAGCACUGUAACGCAUGUUUAGUUUCGUCCAGACGGACAGACCUCAAACUAUGUACAGGCUGCUUCAUGGUGAAAUAUUGCUCAGAGGACUGUCAGCGAACGGACUGGCGCUUACUUGGCCAUCGUAUCUCCUGCCUACAAGAAGAAAAUGGCGAUGCGAGUCCUGCUCUUACAGUCCGUAGCUUCGGCCGCGAUGAGAAACAUUACUUGGACAAAUUGGCGGCAAAAGCUAUCGACGAUAAUCUUAGCACCUUAAUGCUUCGAUCUAUGGCUAGACGCAUGAAUUCCCACCACGAGGCUGAUCAGCAACAACCUUGCUUUUUCGUACUUGACGUAUCCAAGGACCCCCCCAAAAUCGUCGAUUAUCACUAUUACUCCGGUGACUUGCCUUAUACAAUGGUGAAGAUCAGUAUCAUCGUCCCGACUCUGACAGGAACAACAGUGAACAUGGACUGGAAGAUGAUGAAGGUGUCCAGUUCUGGUCGGAUUAGUUAUUGUUGGCUUUAA